AUGGCUCUCCGAAGUCCACUCCAAGCGCCCCGCCGCCCCCACCGCCACCGCCUCCUCCUCUGGCGCCGGACCCUCCGUCCCCAUCUCCAGCGUAACCCGCGCCGCGAGGGGACAAAGGCCCCCGCCACUCCGGCCACCCACGCGGCGCACGGGAAUGACGACUACGUGCAGACCCAAGCCUUUGAUGAGCUAUUUGGCGAGGGCCAGGGCAAGGACGCCCUGGCGGCGGGCCAGUCUGCCGCGGACGGUGAGAAGACGCUCGAAUCCGCCCUCGACCACUUCGAGGCUGCCGUCAUGAGAGAGGCACAGGGUAAUCUGGGCGACAGUCUGAAUCUCUACCGCAAGGCGUUCCGGCCCCCACCCGCGGCGCUCCCUCCCAAUCCGUCAGCGACCUCAUCUCCAGCUUUCAAGCCCUCGGCAUCACCCCAGCCCCCCGAAGUCGAAGGCACCCCCGCCGCCCCCUGCCCCAUCGCCAACCUCCCCGAGGAGCUGCUCGCCCACAUCCUGCGCGACGUCGCCGUCCUCGACGUCGCCGACUUUGCCCGCCUCUCCCGCGUCUGCAAGCGCUUCGCCUACCUCGUCGCCACCGAGGACCGCAUCUGGCGCCGCGUCUGCCUCGGCCCCGAAUUCGGCUUCGCCGGCAUGCACUACCGCUUCCGCACCGACCUGUACGGGAAGACCUUGCCGCCCGGCGCGGGCGACGAAGACGACGACCAGGACCAGGACCAGGACCGAGUGGAGGGCUCUGGCCCGGACGUCGUCGCCACCCCGCGAGCAAACCACGUUAGCCCUCCUCCCCUCUUCUACGCCUCCUCGUGGAAGACCAUGUGGCGCACCCGCCCCCGCAUCCGCUUCAACGGCGCCUACAUCGCCACCGCCAACUACAUCCGCUCCGGCCUCGCCAACGUCAACUACAUCUCCUGGAACAGCCCCGUCCACAUCGUCACCUACUACCGCUACCUCCGCUUCUUCCGCGACGGCACCGUCAUCAGCCUCCUCACCACCACCGAGCCCGCCGACGUCGUCCCCUACCUCACCAAGGACCUCGUCGAGACCCACCGCGGCGGCGCCGCCCCCACCUGCCCUCCAUCGUCGUCGAAAAGGCCCUCCCCGGCCGCUGGAAGCUCGUCUCCCCGCCUCCUCCUCAUCCUCCUGGCCACCCCCGCCGCCCCCGCCCCCGUCCCCGACGAGAACCCCGAAGGCGACCUUGUCGUCGAGACCGAGGGCGUUGUGGGCGAAAAAUACGUCUACCGGCUAGACCUAUCCUUGCGCAGCGCGGGCAAGCCUGCCUCGAGAAACAACAAACUUGUCUGGCGCGGCUUCCACAGCUACAAUAAAUUGACUGACGACUGGGCCAUAUUCGAACUCAAGAACGACAAGCCCUUCUUCUUUAGCCGCGUGAGAAGCUACGGCCUCGGGGCCUAG